AAAGCUUAAAUCCGGCGUGGUUGGAAAAAGAAAUCUUUAAAUUUGAUUCACGAUAUAUCUGCGAGCUGGCAGCAUUUGGCAGUAAAUAUGGUGCCUAUUUGUGGUGUUUGUGAUACAAAUGAGAAAAAGUAUAAGUGCAAAACUUGUGAAAUUCCAUACUGCUCGCUACAAUGCUAUAAAAAGCACCAGGAGACUCCAUGCGCGCCGAUUCGUGACCAAUCAACAAGCGAUCAUCACAAACCUUCGAAGGAGCCGCUCUUUGCUACCGUAGACACAGUUGACCCGGAAAAACUAGAACAACUAAGGCAUUCGGAAUCGCUUAAAGACCUUCUGUACAACCCUCACUUGCGGAAACUGCUCCAAGAGAUCGACAGCGCCCAAAACGGGAUGAAGGCCGUCCGAGUGGGUAUGAUGGAACCGCUGUUUGUCGAGUUCGCUGACGAGUGCAUGAAAGUGGUGAAACCAGACGCCGAAAUGAAUGACAAAACGUGAUAUUUUAAAAGACUCACCAUCGCAAAAUUUUCUUUAUUAUUUAGCUAAAUAAAACUUUGUACAAAUAUGUAACAAUACGAAACAAAUA